CUUGAAUAAUUAGUGGCAUAAGGCUUAUUCGUGGAAACAACAAUGUCACAGUCUCCAUUGCUAACAACCUUGUAUCAGGGAUUGGCUGCUGCGUUUGGGAAAACCACGAUUACGGUGAAUGUACAUACGGAUAGGCCUAAUCAAACUUCGACUACAAAACACAAAUCGUUGAGCUUAGGAACAGUAAUUGGUAUUGAGAAUUCACGAAGCAAUGACGAUUCUCGUUUGAUUGCGGCCAACUCAACUGAACGUCAACAAGUGCGACCACAACUUCAGCAGAACAGCACGAGUCUCCCUCAUUCCGAAGACACGGGACGUCAGAAACCAGAAUUUGAAGAUAGUAUUGGGUACUUAUACCCGAAUGUGGACCAUGUAACGCAAGCUCGUGGGCAUAUAAAUAGCUCUACUUCAUCUUUAGAGUCUUGUGAAAACGUUGGAAAUGGCACUUCUAAUUCAGUAUCUUUGGUGUCCCUUGAUGCUGAAGAGGUUCGUUCUCACAAGGUAGCACUUCUGACAUUACAAAAUGCUGAGGUUUACUUUCACAUUUCUGAUGAUAAAGCCCUGAUAUCUGAGUCUUUUGAUAAUUACCAUGAAUACUUGUAUGCAGAUGAUGCUUUGCUUGCACCUGGUCAAGGUGUUCAGCAGCAACAAGUGGACAAUUCUUUUGAGGAUUACCAUGAAUACUCGUAUCCAGAUGAUCCUGUGCUUGCACCAGGUCACUGGGUUCAACAGCAACCAGAGGAUUACGUUGCUAACGACGAGGACUACAGCAUACUUGAAGAAGAAAAAAUCGACGACAGGAAGCUGAGAUCAAAAUUGCCUAUUAUACAACCUAGUGACUUUAAUAGGCCUGCUAAUGACACAGACAAUCCUCGACCAUUUUAUUUUACACUGAAUAAAUCUGAUGCUAAUCUUAAAGACUACACUGAUGAUAGGAAACGAAUAUCUAAUAUACAACCUGAUGACAAAAUAGCUACAGUGGCAGACGAUCCUGGACCAUUGUACUACAGCAUACUUGAAGAAAAAAUCGACGACAGGAAGCUUAGAUCUAAAUUGCCUGAUAUAAAACCUAGUGAUAUUAAUAGGCCUACUAAUGACACAGACGAUCCUCGACCAUUUCAUUUUACAUUGAAUAAAUCUGAUGCUAGUCUUAAAGACUACACUGAUGAUAGGAAACGGACAUCUAUUAUACAACCCGAUGAAAACAUAGCUAUUGUGGCAGACGAUCCUGGGUGUUAUAUUUAUUAAAUCCAAUGCGGAUGAAAAUAAAUGUUGGGAAAAUCAGUUUUCACAAAAGAAUUAGCCAAAGUGAAAACUAUAAAUGUCUAUUUAGCUAUUUCCACCCAGUCGCGUACUUGUGAGUCU